UUUGUCACGACUUGAGACCAGAUUUGAAACGACAAUCAAAAGUCGUUUGGUUUGAGUGUUGCUGUCAUUUAGUGGCAAUUUAUCGUUGGAUCCAUUCAUUGAUAAUCCGGUGGUCGACUGAUUGGUGGAAAACAUGGAUCGCAUACAUCGGCCCGACUCGAGGCCAUGGAUUUUGGCCGGAAGUGUCAAAAUUGAAGAUUUGGUCGAAACGUGGGCUCAAAACCAAGUGAUGACUGAACUGAAUGUCAACGAAACCAAUUUGAAAGACAUCAUCAAAAACGAGCUCCAGAUCGACGACAAGAUGUUGUCUCUACUGGAGAAGGACUGUCUGCCAUCCAAUCUGGACUGUGAGGGCGAUGACGAGGAACUGUAUGUGGCGUACGAGAAGACGGUGGAGAUCCCAUCUAAUGUGACAUUAGAGACACUGCGGCUCCAGAAGCAGCACAUCGAGAGAUAUGCCACCGAUCGGUGCUAUCGGACCGCAUGUCUGCAGUCUUUGCGAUACAGAAACCAACUGAUCAGAGUUGACAAGAAUGUGGAUUUGGAGGUGGACUCGAUUGCAACGAUUGAAAGACCGGUGGCAGUGCUGACGGUUCAGCUCUACCGACCGAUCCGUUUCAGUACACACUUCGGUAAUACUCAUCGCUAUUCGUUUGUUUGCGAUCAGGAAUUGGAAGUCCUGUCCACACAAUGGUUGACUGAAUUGCGGGACACUUUCACAUGUGUUUCCGACAUAUCCAACGCCAGUGACUGCAGCGCUAACCCGAAGUCUGCAUUGAGUCAAACGGCAGCCGAUGUCUACAAAUCUGGUCUAUUCUUCAUUAACAACAUAUUCUAUAACGAUAUGAGAAAUCAAUUGAAUCGGGAUUACAGCGAGCCAAUCGUGGAGUGGGCGCGCAGUCCAGAGCGAGGGAUCGGUCCCUUCAAGACUAGUCGUAUGGAUGAGACAAAGUUUAGUGAUUUGGAGAUCCAAUUGGGUUAUCCCUAUCUAUACCAACAUCAGGGCGAUUGCGAACACAUUCUCGUAUUCAGUGAUAUACGUCUUCUGAAGCCAAGCGUCGAUAGUAUGGAUUCCAAUGAUUACCCGAAGAUCGUGAGCACCAAUCGUCGGACGCAAGUGCGGUGUGGGAUGUGUAACCUGAAUACCGCAAAAUGGAUCACUUUCGAGAACCAACGCUUGCCAGAGAAUCCAUUCUUCUUCUGUGAGACCUGUUUUUAUUCAUUCAAUUACGACAAAGACGACAAUAAAGUGAAUUCUUUCAAAGCUUAUCCAUAUCUCGACAAAUCGGCUCUUUUGUGAGCUCUUCACCAAAAUAUUCAUUCAAAUCCAUUCUGUUGACCGG